CCACUAAAUUAUUCCUGCCCCCGCACCCCCACCCCUCCUCUCUAUUAACUUUGAUCUUCAUCUUCUUCUCGCCGAAGAGAACCCAAAUUGCUCUCCAAUUCUCAGCUUGGUGACAAAAAGCCUAUCAAAUCUAAAGAUGCAACACGGAGAUUACAGUUCUUACUAUCAAUAUCCACACCUCCAAAACCCUAACCCUAACCCUAACCCUCCUAUUGAUCAUCACCAAACCCCUUACGCAUCCGCACCACCUUUCUCCUCCGGUUACACCCCCUCCGAUUACUCCAUUUAUCCUCAAAAUUACCCUCCUUAUUCUCAAAACCCCGAUCCUGUCCCUCCACCUACAGCCCCUACAUACACACCUACAACACCUACAACACCGAACCCUAAUAAUCCACAAUCAUCCUUCAAUCCCCCACCGCCACCUCCACCACAACAACCGCCAUAUUUUCCACCGUAUGAUUCUCAUGGCUCCUACCAACCUCCAACAACUCAGCAAUCUUAUUUACCAUCGUUUGAUCAACAUCAAACGUCUCCCAAUUACGCUCCUCAACCACCGCCUCCUAACUCUGCAGUAGCACCGAAUCCUACUGGAGCAACUAAUUCUCCAUACACCUCGAUGUACAGUGCUCCUUAUAACCCUAUAGGAUCGUCAGUGCCGCCUGUAUACGAUACGCCAUAUGAGAAUCCGGUAAAAUUUGAUCAGAAUUUCGGGUAUUUGGAAGGCUAUAAUCGGAGCAGGAGCGAUACAGGGUCUGAUCUAUAUGGAAAGGAACCGGAGAGCAGGUACGAUAUUGGUGGCGGUCGUGAUGAUGGAUAUGGAGAUGGUGUUUAUGCAUAUGAAGGUGGUAAGGUUGAGCCUUACGGAGCACGAGGGACAGCGCCAAAUUCAUCGACCUGGGCUGGGUUCGAUGAUUAUGGAAGAUCAAUUAGUUUUCCGUCUGGAAAGGAUAAUUCGGUGCGGUCCAGUUCUGGUUCAGGCUCGGGGAAGAUUGUGAGGGCAGUGCCAAAGGUGGAGACGCAGGAGGAUGUUAAGAGUGGUGUCCAGAAGUUUAGAGUUAAGAUUUUGGCUGAAAGUGGAGGACAGGGUACUAUGGAUGUGCUUUGCGAGAUUGGUUUGGAUGGAAUUCGUAUGCUUGAUCCAAACACCAGCCGGACUUUGAGAAUAUAUCCUCUUGAGAACAUCACAAGAUGUGACAAAAUGGAUUCAUCUACCUUUGCAUUUUGGUCCAAGAGUUCUGUGGAUUUUGAGCCAAGACGUAUUAGACUGCAAUCAAAUAGUUACACCACCAACACCCUUCUUGACACUGUGACUGCUGCAACUGUACAGCUCAAGGAAAUGGGUGGAGGAACAAGGCCUUCUGAUACAUCAAAGACAACUGAGCAGCCUACAGAGAAGAAGAAAGGGUUUGGUGAUUUGAUGAACUUGAUAAAGCCAGGCAGUGAGGAGAAAGAACAUUGGGUCCCUGAUGAAGCUGUUUCAAAGUGUACAUCAUGCAGGAUGGAUUUUGGGGCUUUUGUUCGUCGGCAUCACUGCAGAAACUGUGGAGACAUUUUCUGUGACAAGUGCACCCAAGGAAGAAUUGCUCUUACUGCUGAUGAGAAUGCUCAGCCGGUUAGAGUUUGUGACCGGUGCAUGGCAGAAGUGACUCAGAGGCUAAGUAAUGCCAAGGAAGCAGCUAGCAAACCUGCAGCAUUUCAUAGCCAUGAGGAUCUUGCCAGGAAGCUUCAGGAGGAGAUGGAGAAAAAUCGCAAGUCGUCAUCAGGAUCCAAGUCCGAUGUAUCUGGGAGGCGGACGAGAGAAGUUGCCUGUCCAACUUGCACUGUCCAUUUGCAGGUCCAGGUUCCCAGCUCAGGUUCUGAAACCAUCGAGUGUGGAGUAUGUCAACACCCAUUUCUCGUCAGUGCUCACUGAUUCCUGCAGCGUUUUCUGAUUAUUUGAGGCGCCUAUUUCUCGAGGAUGGUGCUAGCUUGUCUAGGGCCCUCCUCUGGGGUGAAGUGCUUGUUUACCCUGGUUCAGGUCUCUGCUGUAAAAUUGAAUUGUCAAACUUUGUACAUAGCUAUAUUAUUUCUUCGGUUUACUUGAUUGUUUGUCGUGGUAAUAUUUUGCCUGUGUGAGUUUCUACGAGUUUGUAACCUGACUGUUCAUGAUUGCUAUAAAAUAAUGGAUUAUUUGUGA